AUGACAGCGACCCGCGCUAAGACGUUCAACUGCCCCGUGCAUGGCCACUUCGACCUGCCUGCCGAGUGCGUGGCAAUUAUAGACACGCCGGAGUUUCAGAGGCUGCGGGAGCUGAAGCAGCUGGGCCUGACAUACUAUGUCUACCCCGGCGCGUCCCACGGCCGCUUCGAGCACUCGCUCGGCGUCGCGCACCUGGCGGGCAGCUGGGCGCAGCACCUUCUCGGCAGCUUCCGCUCGGACGGGAACCUCCACAGGGAGGACCGGCACAGUGUCCGCGCGCUGGAGCUGGCAGCGCUUUGCCACGACCUAGGCCACGGCCCGUUCAGCCACGUGUUUGAGAACGAGCUCCUGCCGCGCGUGCUGGGGGAGAGCGCGGCUGCCACCUGGCACCACGAGGACAUGUCGGAGCGAAUCCUCGACCAUUGUGUCGACGCCAACAGCCUCGACCUCGGCCCCGGCUUCAGCGGCCGCAAGGAGCUGGGGCUGGUGAAGGACCUCAUGCGCGGCAGUCUAGCGCAGGACGGCCCGGACGACGCGUCCCCCGGCGCCCCCGGCGGCACCGGCAUGUUUGGCAGCCAGGGCGCGGGCGGCGGCGGCGGCCACGGCGGGCCCGCGCUGCUGCCAAAGGACCCGGAAAAGCGGUGGCUCUUCGACAUACUGGCCAACAAGACGAAUGGCAUCGACUGCGACAAGUGA